UGACAACGGUCCGCCAUUUUUGUAAUCAACUUUCGGUGUGUUUACAAUCUCCUCUGGUUUGGGACGUGUCUUGUUGUUUUGUGAUUGAUUUCAAACGUUGACAGUUGUUCAAAUAUGUCUGACCAAGAGGAUGAUUUAGGCAUGGAGGAAGAGGAAACCCAAGAAGAGGGCGGAGGAGAAGAAACGGAGGCAGUUGAACAGGAAGAGGCAGAAAAUGAACAAGAUGAAGAUCUUGACGAAGAGGAAAAGGAACUUGGAGAGGAAGAAGAACAGAAAGAAGAAGAAGAGAAAGUGCCAGAAAAUCCACUGACAGAAGAAGCUGUAGCAGAAAGUCUUUCACUCCUGUGUAAAACAGGGGAUGGAUUAUCCCACGCUUAUGUCCGCUUGGAUGUCCACGAAAAAGAGUUGACAAAUGUUAGUAUUCUGAAGUCCUUUAUUCAUCUUCGAUAUGUGGAUGUGAGCAAAAAUAAUUUAAAAGACAUUUCAUCUCUGAGUGCAUUGACACAUAUGUUGACAUUGAAAGCUGAUUACAAUAUGUUAAGUAGCGUCCGCCUGGAGGAAAUGCCAUUUCUACAAGUUGCUAGUUUUAAUUUCAACAAAAUUAACACAUUGGAAGGAGUAAGCCACCCGAUGCUCGAGCAUUUAUGUCUCAACAAUAAUGAAAUCACAGGAAUAUCAGGUCUGGACGAAGCCAAAUUAGCACGCCUCCAUACAUUGGAGUUACGGGGCAACAAACUUAAAACCACAGGCGGAGUUCACCUUCCAAAUCUUAAGAACUUGUUUAUGGCUGCAAACACAAUAGACAAAAUUGAGGAUAUGGAGUCGCUUAAGAGCCUCACUACGUUCCACCUCAGAGACAACCAACUGGAGAACCUUGAUGGCUUCACGGACCAGCUCCAACUCCUCCAGUACAUUAACCUUAGAGGAAACAAUAUCACCUCUGUGAAGGAACAGGUACCGAAGAUGGCAUGUCUUCCAAUGCUCAGGGCCUUGGUGCUGUUUGAGAACCCUGCUCAUGAGGAAGAUGAGUACAGACUGGAAGUUCUGAUCGGGCUUCGGAAGUUGGAACGACUGGACAAAGACGAAUACUCCGAGGAGGAGAGGAAUGAAGCAGAAGAGAUUUACGAACAACGUCUCAAGGAAGAAGCAGAGCGAGAGGCCAAUGGAGAAGAACAGCAAAAUGAGGAUUGAUGAGAACAGAAACGAGGACAACUCAGAUGAGGAUGAUUAAAACUGAUUUUCUGAAUCCAAAUGUGGACUUAAUGGGAGUAUUCAAGAUGGAGCACCUCAGCAUCACGCCAGCAAAUGUGACGGGACAUGGGAAUUUCAUUUGUCAAAUGUGAUAAAAAAAAAAGACUAUGAAAAAUGUCUGUGAUAUCAACUUCAAAAUUGAAACUUUUAAUAAAAAAAAAUUCAUCAGAUACACUUGUAUCAUGUAACAAAAUAUUCUAAACAUUUACAGUAUUUCUUGAAAAAUAUUCUGUAGAAAUAAAUCUGAAUGGAAUUAUUGUAUCAUUGUUACUGUUGUAAAUAUUAUUGCAAUAAUUUAUGUGAAUAUACAAUGCCAUUUUCAUACCUGU